AUGGCUUCUUACGCUGCAGCAGCGAAGGCUCAAAGCGAGAUCUAUUCCAGCUUGAAGGUUCUCUGGCAGUUCCUCUCAUCACCUAGGUGGAACACGAAAUCUAAUCGGUCAAGAAUACGACUUCUUGAGUAUUUCGAAAACGCCGAUGAAGUUCACCGAUCAUCUGAAGUACCCAACCUGCAAGACGUUCUUGCCGGCAUCAGAGUGGAGCUUCGCAAUACUCAGAAUGGUCGACAAGGCUGCGUCAUUGUUGUUGAGGACAUCGAACCAAGUCAGGUUGAGAUGCUCGGCGAGGCUCUUGACAUCGAUCCCGUGUUCUUCGCAGGUUAUCUUGGUACAGACUUCAGGAAUCUAGAACACCAUGCUCUACCUCUAUGGGCGACUACUCUGCCCUCAGAAUCUGCUUCUCAAGAAUCCCUCCAUCUUCAUCACCAGCGACCCACACGGCUGACAACGAAUGCCGUGAUCCCAAAACAUGUGAUUCUUGUCACGAAUGGCAAUGUGGUUCGAGCUGUAAGGCGCUUGUCAACGAUUGGAGAUACCAACGUCGCCUUGGUCCGAAGCUGCUGCUCACUCAUUCGUAAAGUCUUUGAAUCGGGAUUCUGGAUUUGUAUGUUCAAAAGGUCUCAUUGCGCUAUACACAUAGCUGACGACGACGAGUUCCAGGCUUAG